AUAUUUGACAACAGUUGGUAGUAAUUUGCAUUUUUCUAGACUCACCUGGAUAAGCUAGUUUCCAACUCCUUCAACUUCCAGUUACAUGCAUUCUAGAGUCUAAACCAGACAGCUACGGAUUCAAGGAAUUAUAUUCCAGGUGCGUCUAAUCUCCACCAAUGAAGCUUACACUAGUAGCGGUUAUUUUAGCUUGGAAUUUCCUUAUCACCCUUUCAGAGAUAGGUCUGGGCGAUUAUUAUAUCACAUCUGCCUUCAAUUCUUACCCAACAAAGGAUAAAGAAAAUUACCUAUUUUCAACUUACGCGGUCAAAUUAUUACUCUCUACUAUGUUGAAACAAGGAGGUGAUGAACGAGUUAAACCCUCAAGCUCUGCGAAAAAUAAUUAUAAUGAUACCAGUAGUAGAAAUGAAUCACGACGAGUAUUGAAAAAUAUUCAACCACAUUCAAAAAUAAUACGAAAAAUAUUGAGAUUAAAAUUGUCACAGAUUUUGGCCAUUUCCGAAGAACGGGGAAAUGUAAGUGACCAAUAUAAGGAUAGGGCCAAAAGGGAAUAUGCCCUGAAUGUAGUGAAAGUGCGUUGCGGUAACACAUCAAAUCAAUUUGAUAAGGCAAAUAAUGAUACAUAUGAAAAUUUCAAUGGUCUUUUCAAGAAUGUCUCAAAUGGAAAAAUCAAAAAUGUCAUUCCUAGGGAUGCUAUUUGCAAAAAACUACAUUAUAACUCCUCUUCUAUGCUAACGAUUGGUGCCGGCUUUCAUAUAGAACUAUUGUGGGAAAGCAAGAUGGAAAAAAAAGUUAACAUUCCAUUUCACUAUCUAAACCCUAAUGUUUCCAGAGGAAAGAUUCAAAUAAAAUAUUCUGAUUACCUAAAAAAGAGCAUUAGUAUGACCAAAAGGAUCUCAAUGGCUCGCCAAAGUUAUUAUAGUCCUCUCAAAUUGGCUGUGCUAGAGAUUUUUCCCAGGAUAAAAAAAGUUAUCGUUACAAAACAUCCACCUCCAAUAAGAAUGAAUAAAAAUAUAUCACAUGAAAUACUGAAAACUCUUAAAGUAAAACGAGAUAUCCAAUAUGAUAAUGAUGACGAAUAUGAUGAGGAAGCUGAUGGGAUAUAUUAUUAUGAUGACUCCAUAGAGGGGGAUUAUCCCGUGGAUAGUAGUAAUACAUCGUUUUUGGCUUUAGAAAAACAUUUGACCAAUUUGAUAGUCACUGAUCCCGCUUACAACAAUUCCCUACCUCACCCUAUUUUAGAUGAUAAAAUAAAUACUUCCGACUAUGUCGACGAUAUGUCGUCUAUUAAGCGAAAAUUAAUGUCGGACUAUGAUGAAACCGACUUCCAAGAAAUACUGCACAAUAAAUUAAGUCAGGACCUAACGAAUUUUUACUACAAGAAAUAUAAUAUUUCUCUCUUCUUUAUAAUGCCAGGUUAUAAGACAUCUAUCAGCAAAAUCGAAAGCAAAUUAGCUGGCAAAAUAACAUUACUGAAAGACAUUAUAAACAAUCAUCAUAUUACUCAGACAAAAAGGCCAGGCCUAGGUCAAAAAUAUAUGAACAUAACUUUUCCUACGAGGCUACAGUCGCAUCUUAGAACAUCUAUAAAAUCCAUCAUUCAUGACAAAUUCCACAUAUCUACUAUCCCAUUAAAAUCCAUCAAAGACAAUGUUUUAGAUGACAUCUAUCUAAGUUCCUCCAUAUACCUUGCAGAUAAAAUUAGUAAUAAAAAUGUUAAUAGACGCAAAGACCAAUAUCGGUUGCUAAAUGACAAUAUUAGGAAUGAAGGACAUAAUGACACCCGAAUAAUAAAGUUAGGAAUUCCUAGUAAACCUAUGGACUUCUUUUUGGGGAUAAAACCCUUCUUUUAUAUGUGUGUUUAUUGGCCAACCAAUGAUAUUCUGUUUUUUGGGAAAUAUACAAACCCUCACGAGGACGAAUGA